AUAACCUUCAAAUGAACGAGCAGUAAACAAUAAGUUUAAUGCUUUCGGCCCCUCGCAUACACAGAUAAGUAGAGUCCAGAGGAAAAGCAAGGUGUCCCCUCUCCCCCACCCAACAUGGCCGACUCCAUGGAGAUAGAUGACUCAUUGUACAGUCGGCAGAGGUAUGUUCUGGGAGACAGUGCCAUGCAUCAGAUGGCUCAGUCCUCUGUGUUUCUGAGUGGAAUGGGCACACUGGGAGUGGAAAUAGCUAAGAACAUCGUACUGGCUGGAGUCAAGGUGGUCACGUUGCACGAUAGCAGACUGUGUGAUGUCUGGGACCUCGGCACCAACUUCUUCAUUCGAGAGGAGGACGUUCAGAAACAGAAGAAAAGGGUAGAGGCUGUCCAUUCUCGGGUGGCUGAGUUAAACCCGUAUGUUCAGGUAAACUCGUCGACCGUUGCCCUCGAUGACAUCACUGACCUCAGCUUCCUGCUUCAGUACCAGUGUGUGGUGCUAACCGAGACGAGCCUGAACCUGCAGAAGCGGAUCGACCAUUUCUGCCACUCUCAGCGUCCUCCCAUCAAGUUCGUUGCCUGCGAUGUGCUUGGCAUGUGCUCACGAGUGUUCUGCGACUUCGGCGAGAGUUUUGAGGUGUGGGACCCAACAGGGGAGGAGCCUAAGGAGCUUUUCAUUCAAAACAUCACUCAGGAAAACCCCGGGGUGGUAAUGUGCCUAGACAACCGCAUGCACGGCCUGCAGACAGGACAAAGCGUGUGUUUCCGAGAGGUUAACGGCAUGACGGAGCUCAACGGUACCACUCACCAAAUUAAAGUUCUGUCUCCCUACAGCUUCGCCAUAGGUGACACAUCCUCAUUCCAGUCGUAUCUCCAUGGUGGAAUCCUGCGCACAGUCAGGGUCCCCAGAACCUUCCACUUUGCGACGAUGGAGCAGCAGCUACAUGACCCCAAGCUUCUUAUCCCAGACUUCAGCAAGCCUGAGGUACCACUGCAGAUCCACACGACCAUGAUGGCUCUGGACCUCUUCCAGGAGCAUCACAGCAGGCUCCCCAUUGCAGGCUGUGUUCAGGACUCUGAAGACUUGCUGAAACUCGUGGAGGAGGUCAAUGAGACACUCAAAAGCAAAGCAUGCAUGAACGCGGCACUGGUGCGUUGUGUGUCGCGCUGCGCGAGGGGCUGCCUCGCCCCGCUUGCGGCGGCCGUGGGUGGGAUCGCCAGCCAGGAAGUGCUGAAGGCUCUUACCGGAAAGUUUAUGCCUCUUCAACAGUGGUUUUAUCUCGAUGCUUUAGAGGUUGUACAGCCACUCCAGACACUUCCUCUAGAGGAGUUUGCUUCUAGGGGGGAUCGCUACGACGCGCUGAGGGUGUGUAUCGGCGAGUCCUUGCUUUCGGAGUUGCACAAGUUACGAGUCUUCAUGGUGGGCUGUGGUGCCAUUGGCUGCGAGAUGCUAAAGAACUUUGCGCUACUUGGUGUGGGAUUGGCCAGAUGCUCAGGGGAGAUUUGCAUCACUGAUCCAGAUCUUAUAGAGAAGUCUAACCUCAAUCGCCAGUUUCUUUUCAGACCUCAACAUAUACAGAAGCCGAAGAGCAUUACGGCAGCGGCUGCCACGCUGGACAUAAACCCGGAGCUGCGUCUGGAAGCUCACCUGAACAAGGUGUGUCCCGCCACGGAAGACGCGUACAAUGACACCUUCUACUCACAGCUCAGCGUGGUUGUCACGGCGCUUGACAAUGUGGAGGCCAGGAGAUACCUGGACAGUCGUUGCGUGUCCAAUCAGAAAGCUCUGCUGGACUCGGGUACCAUGGGAACAAAAGGCCAUACGGAGAUCAUCGUUCCAAACCUCACAGAGUCCUACAACAGCCACAGAGAUCCCCCAGAGGAGGAGAUUCCGUUCUGCACUCUUAAGUCUUUCCCUGCUGUGAUUGAGCACACCAUACAGUGGGCCAGGGACAAGUUUGAAAGUGCCUUCUCUCACAAGCCCUCCAUGUAUAACACUUUCUGGCAGAGCCACCUGUCAACUGAAGACGUGUUACACAGGAUGAAGGCCGGGGAGAGCAUGGAUGGAGCGUUCCAGGUCAUCAAGCUCCUGAGCCGUCGUCCCGCGCGCUGGGAGCACUGCCUUGCCCUCGCCCGCCUCAAAUUUGACAAGUACUUCAAGAGGAAGGCACUGCAACUGCUGCACUCCUUUCCACUGGAUACUCGACUUAAAGAUGGCACUCUGUUCUGGCAGUCCCCUAAACGGCCCCCAAACCCUAUAGAGUUUGACAUCAAAGACCCACUACACUUUGGUUUCUUGGUUAGCACAGCUCGGCUGUUUGCAGGAAUUUACAAUGUACCGUAUACAGAAAAGAGUCUCAGUUUUGAGUCUGUGUCAGGCGUUUUAACUGAUGUGACGAUUCCAGAGUACAAACCAGCUGAGAAGCGUAUAGAGACAGAUGAGACUGUUAAGAAGCCUGAUCAGAUGAAGCUGACAGUGAGCAGUGCAGAAGAGAGAGAAGCUAUAUCACAGCUAGAGGAGGCCAUUACCACUGGCUUCGUCACACAAGAGUGUCUGCGCAUGUCCCCGCUGGUCUUCGAGAAGGACAACGACUCCAACGGCCACAUGGACUUUGUGGAGGCGGCGGCCACGUUGCGCGCCCGCAUGUACGCCAUCGCCCCCGCCGACCGCCUGCAGGCCAAGCGCAUUGCUGGCAAAAUCAUCCCUGCUAUUGCCACGGCAACUGCCGCUGUCGCUGGCCUGGUGGCGUUGGAGCUGAUCAAAGUGGCGGGUGCCUACGGCUUCGAAUCGUUCAAGAACUGCUUCUUCAACCUGGCCCUCCCUGUGGUGGUGCUGACCGAGACAGCGCAGGUCAAGAGAACACGGAUCAGAGAUGACAUCUCGUUCUCCAUCUGGGAGCGCUGGUCUAUCGUGGGCCACGAAGACUUCACCCUGUCCGACUUCCUCAGUGCAGUCAGGGAGAAGUACGGUAUCGAGCCAACUAUGGUGGUCCAUGGGGUGAAGAUGCUGUAUGUCCCCGUCAUGCCCGGACACAGCAAGAGACUCAAACUGACCAUGCAGAAGUUAGUAAAGCCUUCGGCGAACAGGAAGUACGUUGACCUCACCGUGUCUUUUGCCCCGGAAGCAGAUGGGGACGAAGAUCUGCCCGGCCCCCCAAUCCGCUAUCAUUUCUGCAACAGGGCUUGAUGCACACAUUAUAAAACACACACUCACGUUAUACCCUCCCCUUCCUUGUCCUGAGGACCACUAGAGGAGUAGCACUUGAUCAGAUUCAAUGUACAUAGUAAAAGUCCUUUUUUUUCUACGGGUUUAUUAUUUUAUUGCAUAGCUUUGUCUGUGCUGAUGCCUUAAGAAACAAUAUUGCGCUUCGAUGUGACAAUAAUAAUAAUGACAACAAUGAUGGUAUAUUUCAUCUCAAAAGUAAACAAAGAAGAGAGAAAAACAAGCGUUUACACUCGUAACUUAAAACUCCUAAUGCACUUGCAAAGCCUGUUAGCGUAGGGGGAGAGUAGAGGUAGAGGGAAGACACAGCGUACAGUCCAUUUGUGGCGUGGAAGGUAGACAAAUGUGGAUUUGAAAGUCAUACGGACGGAUUGAGUUCUACCGAACGGGGGCUGCCAGGUGCCCAAUCGCAUUCGCAGCGGUCGGUCAUGAAUACAGCCAGGCUGCGGUCUCUGGAGAGCUGUGCCUGCGUCAGACACUUCCCGGCUAGACGUGAGCAGCUGCCUGGCAGGGGUGUGCAACACCAAAACGGUCACCGCCUGAGCCCUUUCUGAGGAUCGUCCCGUGAGGACAAAGCUGUGUUUUUCCCACUAGACUUAUAAUGCAGUAAGCCCAAAGCCAAG